AUGUAUUGUCAAAAAAAUUUCUACUAUAUAAUUCUUGGUUUUAUAUUUUGCUGCAGUAUUUUUGCACAAUAUGGACCACCAACUUAUGGAGGAUCUAGUUAUGGAUUACCUAACUCAAGACCAUCUAGUUAUGGAUCAUCUGGUAAUGCAUAUUCAAAUUAUCAAGGAUAUUCUAAACCUGAAAAUGUAAAUGUUGUAAGAACACAAACUUUGACAACAUACAAUAUGCCACAAAGUGCUUAUCCACCUUCUAAUUUUGGAUACUCUGGAUAUAACAAAUAUAGUCCAUAUUAUUCAAGAUAUUAUCCAGGUCAAAGAUUUAACAGUGGUCCAUAUAGUUCAUAUGGACAUGGACACAAUUCAUAUUUACCUAGUAGAGGACAUCACGGAGCUGAUCCUGCUGACAGAGCUGUUAUGGGAUUAGGAUUACUUGCAAGUUCUUUAAUCGGAAAAAAACACGCUUAA